AUUUCGGAAAAACUAACAUCCGUUUUGAAACAUAGAUUCUAUAAAAUGAAAUUUUGCUAAGAUAUUGAUAGCAUAAUUUGUUGAUAAUGGUUUUUGUAUUCGUGUUUGAUUUCCUCCCUCAAAAGGUCGGCGAACACCCAGGCUACACUUUCCACAGCAUACCAGCCACGAGUCUCGAUGCGAAAAAGUGGACUCUUAUAGAAGUUAAUCCAGACCAAGAAUAUUUACAACACCCCUUUAAGAUUAUUUUGGAAAACAACAUUCGAACGUAUGUAUAUAUUGACGACAUCAUGAUCUACAACGCUCGUUGUAAUGCAGACGGUGUACGAAGCCCCGUAUGUCCCUUCGGUUCAUUUACAAGAAAGGAAGGUUCAAGUAUCAGCUGUUAUACAUUUCAUCCUGAACCUCUUAUUUACGUUGACGCUAUUAAAUCUUGUAAGCGGGUCUGGCCUGAUGCAUCACUUCUUCAGAUUGAAACUGCAGAGGAGCAGACGUUUAUUUCCUACCAUAUCAAUAACUCGCAAGCAAUGACAUAUGCUGCUGACUUUGGAAUUUGGAUCGGUGGGAACGACAUUGAUACCGAACACAAUUUUGUCUGGAUCGGGUCUGAGAACCCCAUUCCUUUUAAUUAUACAAACUGGCACCAAGGUCAACCCAACAACAUGAAUGGUGACCAGGAUUGUGUGAUGCUACAGUACAGGACAAACAACAACGACUAUGAAUGGGGAGAUGUCGGGUGUGCUGAGAAGCAUUCCUUUAUCUGCGAGAUGACCUAUGGCAUCAGUCACGCGCCCAGUCAUCAAUAUCCGAACACUGUGAUUGGUUAAACCAGAAAUCCAAUAUUAUUUAGACAUUUUACGACUCUCAAUUUCACUAUGAAAUUUUGAUGCAUUUUUUUCUAUAAUUGUUUAUGUAUAAAUUGUUAAUUAUAUGCAAAGAAUGUGCUUUGAUAAGUUUGUAAAUUCCUAUGCAUGCAAUGAUUAUAUAAAUGUGGGUUUGAUAAGUCAGAAAAUAUGUAAUUAUAAUAAUUGUUUCUACAAAUUGAGUAUGCAAAUAAAAUAAAUUGAUU